GACAACUCAGCUCAUCACAAGCAUUGACAACAUUCCUCGCAAUGGAUUUUAUGCAAGAUGAAUUGUUUUUUGACACACUUCUGCUAGAUCCGAUUUUCAGAAUGAUUCCACAAAUUGUAAAAUUGAUUUAUUACUAUUUCCGACCGGUACCGGCAUCACCUAUUGAUUAUCUCGGUGAUAACUUGCUCACGAGACCCCCCACUCUUUGGCCCUUUUUCUUGGCGUUGCUCCUGGUGGCUCUCACUUGCACUGUUUUUAAGUUGGUCUAUGGCCAGGAAAUAAUCAAUUUGGGAAGACGACUCCACGAUUGGGAUGUUCUGCGAGAACGGGAACAUAUCCAGUUGGAGCUGCAGGAGGACGAGAUGGAUGACCAGGAGGACGAGGAGGACGAGGAGGACGAGGAGGACGAGGAGGACGAGGAGGAGGACUUCGAAGAGGAGGGGGACUUCGAAGAGGAGGAGGACUUCGAAGAGGAGGAGGAAGGCGGUUCAGAGGAUGGAGCAGACUGAUGCCCUGCACGAACUUUCUCUUGCUUAAAAUCUUCAAAAAGUUAUUUGUUUUUUUGUUGAAUAUUGUUCGAAAUGUACAGGUCCCAUUUUGGCAUUAAUC